AAAAAAAAAAACUAUUUUUAUUCACCCUGACUAAUUUCCUGUCAUCAGAUAAACUGGCAGGAUCUGGUAUUGACUGAGGUAAACCGAAAGGGGAAGUGGUAACCUCCUGCUCUCCCAUAACAUUGCCACCAAUGACCCCACCCCCCCUAACUGAAGCAACACUCAUUCCUGGUCUGGCCGACACUAAGCAGUUUCUACGAAGCUGCGAUCGAAAAAGCUAUUGGAAGUUCGGUGCCAUGGAAGUAUACAAAUUACAAAGAGGAUUUCUGUUCCUCACGUGGUUCAUCCUGGGAUGUGGGCUCAUCUAUUUAGCAGUGACGGUGGACGUCUUCUCUAAAUUUCGUAUCAUUGGCAUCAGCGGAGAAGAAAAUAAACCCAGCGCAAAGCCUUCAUUUAAAAGAGCAGCACCAGAAAACAGUUCUUCAGUGCCCCUUCGAGGUCCUGGGGACUCUAAACUUCCCUUCCAGAACAAGGUUGCUGCCCAAUUACAAGAUCCUCCAAAGGAUAUCUAUGUGGAAAGACCUGUGACAAAGGAGUCUAUAGAUCCUAAGCUUAAGAAAAUACUGUUUUGGAAUGAGAUGGUAGUCGAGGAAGGCCGAGCCAGGCAUUUUGAUAUUGGCUUUGGUCAAACGCCAUUCAUCCUAGGCAAGUGUCCUGUCAACACCUGCUUCACGACUUCAAACCGAGGGCUGUUCAAGCAUGAUGAGAUUGACGCUCUUAUUUGGCACUAUAGAUCUGUCGAUAGAUCGCUUCCAAAAGUAAGGUCACCACACACUCGAUGGGUCUUCUGGCUGAUAGAAACACCAUCAUACCUCUUCGGGGACCUCCGUCAUUAUCAUGGUUUAUUCAACUGGACCUUCACAUAUGUACUCAACUCCGAUUUCCCUUACCCAUUUGACGUCAUGUACCGGAGUCGGGAGCCUCUUCCAGUUGCCAAUUACCAGAACACGACGGCAGGAAAGACGAAGCUGGCCGCUUGGUUCGUCAGUAACUGUAACGCUGCCAGUAAGAGGCAACAGUUCGUCAAAGAGCUACAAAAGUUCAUGCCGGUGGACGUUUACGGGCCUUGUGGAACACUGAAGUGUGAUUGCGGGGGUGAAUGCGCUCUCAAACAACCAGAUUAUUGCUACGAGAUGCUGCAAAGAGAUUACAAGUUUUAUAUGGCUUUUGAAAACUCUCUCUGUAAAGACUACGUCACCGAGAAAUUAUUCAACACAUUAAGAUUUAACGUUGUUCCUGUGGUUUACGGUUUAGCGAAUUACUCAGCUGUGGCUCCGCCGCAUUCCUAUAUCAAUGCUCUUGAUUUCGGGUCAGCGAAAGAACUGGCAGAAUUCCUCCUCAAACUAGACAAAGAUGAUAAAGCAUACAACGAAUACUUUCGCUGGAAGCAGUACCACCAUUUCACGUCAAAAUGGGUGAGGGCGCUGACGCCCUGGUGCGAACUCUGCGAGCGACUCCACGCAGACAAUGAGACCAAGACGAGCGACCUGUACAAGUGGUUCGUGGAGGACUCCCAGUGCCAAUAUUCCUUCGAAGCUGCGAGGAAGUUUCGCGUGGAGCAAAAAACAUAGGCGUAAGUGUCCUGUAUGUCAUCCUUUGUAAAUGAAAAAAAUACCAAAGCCAGGACUCGUGAAAAUAUCUUACAUGGAGUUGGGUGGCGAGUUGGGGGCGGCGAUAGAUCUCUUGACACCAAACUAACUCACUCCAUAACAGCCAUAACCAAAGCCACAAAGCAUUUAUAUUUUUAUCCAGGACUAUAAUAAGAUGGAAAUUGUUUGCAGGUUCUAUAUGAUCCAGAGCAGC